UGACAGUUGAUUAUCGAUAUUAAGACAUCGAUGUUUUGUUCCCAAAAUCGAUGUCGAAAGAUCUUUUUGACGUUUUUGACAGUGACAUUAUUUUAUAGUUGCCCCUACGUUAUAAUGGAUCCUUCAAUAAUAAUAGUGGACUUAAAAUCUAGUUCCUCCAUAUUCGAACAGGUGGAUGAACAAAAAGAUACAACCAUAGACCAUGAAACCAAGGAUUGUAUUGAAACCUCCAAGAAAACAACAGAAACUCCCAAACAACUACAACAUGAAGCAGAAAUAUUGUACCAGUGUCACCUUUGUAAUUAUAGUACCAGAUAUUCAAACUUGUUAGGUCUCCAUAAAGGUGUCACACAUCCAGGCAAAGGUAGAGUAAAUCCUCAGUCAUGCAGACAAACAAGUGAAACAGGUUCACAAGAAAACAUCAGUGAAGAAAACAUAGUUAAGGGAAAAAAUCAAAAGAAAAAAAAAAUCAAAGAUCGGAAACCUUUCAGUGAUGAUGAAAAAAUACUUCUGCUUCAAUUAGUCAGCAAACUACAAUUAAAUAAAUAUGAUGAAUCUGUGUACACUAUUAAAAAAACAGUAACUAAUAAAUGGACCGAGGUGUCGAAAAUAUUUAUAGAAAAAUGCUAUGACAGGAGAUCUGAAGAAUUAGGGAUAUACUUCUUAAAAAUGAAAUAUGCAGCCAAGUCGAAAUUUGAAAGUUAUUAUGUUCAAAAAUGUGCUGUGAGACCCACAAAAGAAGAUUAUAUACUUGCAAAUUUAUUUCCCAAGUUUUAUGAGAGUCUCGGUUUCGAUAUGAGUCAAUUGAUGACAGAUGCUAAAACAUACUCAAAGGAAAUACAGGAAUAUUUAGUCCCCGUCGAAGAUCAAGAACGUCCUACUAUAUUGGAGGAUAUAGCAUCCUUAAAUCAGUUAAACGACGUGGAGGCUCAACCAAAAAAGAGGCCUCAUUCCGAGGAAGCCGAAGGACCAGCAAAUAAAAUCACCAAAGAAGUCCACGAAGACGAAGGUGCAUGGCUCAAAAGAAUGUUGGAUAUAACACGAGGAAGAAACAACUGUGAAGCAGCUACAUCUAAAUCUUUAAUAAAUGAAAAUAAUUCAUCAACAGAUGCUAUAAAUGCACUUAAAGCUAAACUUCUGGUUGCAGAAAACGAGACGAGGGAGAAAGAUUAUCAGCUUAAACGCAAGAAUUUAGAAAUAUCAUAUUUAAAAGAGCUUCACGCGAAAGAAAUAGAAAUAGAAAAAGUUAAACUUUUACUGCAUGCUCAAAACGUUGCAAAUAAAAACUAGCUUUAGA